AUGCGGCAAUUUGAGAAAUUGUACGACUACAGUUCAGGAGUCGAUCUAUCAUGUAACAUUCUUGACGGAAACAUUCCAAAAGAGAUAGGUUUAUUAAAUGGACUUGUUAUGCUUAAUUUGUCGCAUAAUCAUUUAUCCAGUAAUAUCCCAGUGAGCGUUGGAAACAUGUCUAGUCUAGAUUCUUUGGAUUUAAGUUCCAACAGACUGUGUGGACAUAUCCCACAAUCUCUGACAUCAAUCGACUCCCUUGGAUUUCUAGACUUAUCUUACAAUGAUUUGAGCGACAAAGUUCCGAGAGGAGUUCACUUUGAUACAUUGGGUUUGGAUGGUUCUGCUUUCUCUGGGAAUGAUUUAUUGUGUGGAUAUCCUAUGGGAAAAGAUUGUGAAGGUGACCAUGACAUUAAUAACAGCCAUGGCAAUGACCCUUCAAAAGAAUUUGAAGAAAAAGACCAAGAUGAUGUAAAAGAAAAAUUGUUGUUAUAUGCUAUUGUCUCCUUGGGGUUUGCAGUUGGAUUUUGGGGUUUGUUCAUUGUUUUGCUUGUAAGGAAACAAAGAUGGUGGUUUCCGUAUUGGAAGUUUAUUAACACUGUUGCCGUUGGAAUAAUAGAAUUUAUUCAAAACUAG